AUGAAGGAAGCUAUCGUGAACGGAGACACGAGCGUGUCUAUCCAUGAUGUGGAGAUACCCGUUCCCCAGGCUGGCCAACUAUUGAUCCGCGUCGCUGUCACCGGCACCAACCCUAAGGAUUGGAAAAUGCCCAUAAAGUACCCCGAUGCUCCCGCUCGUAACCAAGGCGAUGAUUUCGCCGGCUACGUCGAGGCCCUCGGGGAAGGGGUGGUUGGAUUCAACAAAGGCGAUAGAGUAGCCGCGUUUCAUUCAGUUAUGGAGCUUCAUGGGAGUUACGCUGAAUAUGCAAUCGCCCCAGCCUACACGACCAUACACCUUCCUGCCAAGGUUAGCUUUGAAGAGGCCGCUACGAUCCCUCUCGCCGCCAUGACAGCUGCGGUCGGCCUAUACCAGACAUUAAGACUGCCUCUUCCCUGGAACCCGAUCUCACAGCCACAGCCGCUGAUCGUCUACGGGGGAGCGACCGCGUGUGGGGCCUUUGCCAUCAAAUUCGCCAAGCUUUCCAACAUUCACCCACUCCUCGUUGUGGCUGGUCGAGGCUCGGCUUUCGUCGAAACGCUUAUCGAUCGCGAGAAAGGCGACACGAUCAUCGACUACCGCGAGGGCGACGAUGCGGUUCGUUCAAAGAUCAAAGCCGCAGCGGGCGGCCAGCCUAUUCACUAUGCAUACGACGCAGUCGGAGAACACGGCAGCCACGAGAACAUCGGCGCUGUGGUGACUGCACCUGCACAGGUGACUAGCGUCCUCCCUGCGCUGAACUACCAGCCGCCAGAAGGGGUUCGCUCGGAGCAGUGCAUCGUUGGUUACAUCCAUUUCCCGCCGGGGCCGGGCAAGACCAUCCAUCACGCGGAGUUCGGUGCUGCGUUUUUCACAUUGAUGGCCCGUGGCCUGGCCCAGGGUUGGUUCUCAGGUCAUCCCUACGAGGUGCGCCCAGGGGGCUUGGGUGGGCUUGAAGGUGCAUUGCGCGAUCUGAAAGCGGGUAAGGCGUCGGCCACUAAGUAUGUGGUGCGCCUAAGCGAGACUGAGGGAGUCACGAACUAG